CUAUCAGUCACAAUGCUUGAAGUACAGCAAGUAAAGGAAAAGGCGCAGUUCUGUUGCUUUAGCAACUAAUUCACGGGGCAACAAUGAAACGGAAACGUCCAGGCAAUGACGAUCGGCCAACUGAAUCGAACACAAGGAGCCUCGAUCACUAUUUUGCAAAUUCUGCCCCAAGCACGGUCAAGGUUUCUGAUACUGCCACCACUGCUACCGAUUCAUUUGACAAUGAUCUCGAGCGAGCGAUUCAACAGUCGCUUCAGGAAAUUAACACCACACAUAUCGAAACUGCGGAAACAACGUCAGAAGCAGUAGAACGCCUGGAUCGUCAAGAACCACUUUCGAAUUCUUUAAAGCAGUGUCCAAUUUGCGAUGUAUUGCUCGAUCAAACCGCUGACGCUAACAGCCACAUCAAUAGCUGUCUUGACAGUUUCGAACGUACAGGGUGUCCCAACAAAGAAAACGCCAGUAUUGAAGCAGGAGCAAUAAAGGCAACAACGAAAACGACACAAGCAGAAAAUGAAAGCGAGCCAUCAUUUUCCUCAUCAUCCAGCACGACGAAUUCUGUGCCCAAACUCGAGGCUUUACAUGAGCCAAAGCGUGCGCCAGCUCUAGAUUUGCUGCAAAGGGAUACAGGCAAAGGAAAAGACAUUGACAGCGAUCAAAAGCCGGAUUCAUCGCCGAGCAUGAGACCGAAAAGGAAAUGCCCCUUUUAUAAAUGGAUACAAGGGAUCCCUUUUGUUGUUGACGCAUUCUCCUUCGGGAAGAUCGAAAACUGUCAGGGAUACUUUUUAUCCCACUACCACAGCGACCACUACUAUGGAUUGUCACCGUCAUGGUCGCAUGGCCCUAUUUAUUGCUCUAAAAUCACCGCAAACUUUGUACGACAGGAACUCAACGUUGACAGCAAUUACGUCGUCACUUUACCGAUGGAUCAAGAGUAUGCUUUAAGCAGCACGGUCAAUGUGAGUCUUAUUGAUGCCAACCAUUGCCCUGGCUCUGUGCUGUUCCUAUUUAAGGUGUAUCGGGCUGACGGAACCGUUGCUCGUCAUCUUCACACUGGCGACUUUCGUGCGAAUCCGCGCAUGUGCCUGCAUCCGCUUUUACGACAGCCUGAGAACGGUGUGCUCGACACACUCUAUCUGGACACAACCUAUUUGAAUGGACAGUAUUCUUUCCCGGCUCAGGAAGAAGCCAUAAAUGCUGCAUGUGAUUUGGCCGAAAGAUGCGCGUCUGGCGAGCAAAAGGAGAGUAAACGUGGAUUGUUGCAAGGAUGGCUGAGCAAGUUAGGUGCAGAUGCGUCGAUGCCAAGUGAUACGGUUGGAAGCUCUAUGGGUUUUCCGGGGACCGGGCCAGCUUCUAAAGUGCUUUUCAUUGUGGGGACCUACUCGAUUGGAAAGGAAAGGAUGUUUUACAAUUUGGCGAAAAGAUUGAACAGCAAAGUAUAUGCAUCGCCUCGCAAACUAAGAUUUAUCACCUCUCAAGAGAACAAAGAGCUGGACUCGUUGUUGACCGACGAUCCACUGAAAGCACAAGUUCACUUGUUCCCGAUGGGGCAAAUCCAAGAAGAGCGCUUGUCACUGUACUUAAAAACCUACCAUCCGCAUUUUACAUCGGCAGUCGCUUUCCGCCCGACUGGUUGGACAUUUAAGAAAAGCUCACCUGCUAUAGCAGCAUUAUCAGACGCACCAUUGGCACAAGUGACAGCCCCACCUGCAGAUCGAAGCGUCGUAUUGAAGCCAAUGAAAACCACUAUCGAUACCAUUCAAAUAUAUGGCAUUCCGUACUCUGAACACUCUAGCUUUCGUGAACUUGCGUCCUUUGUUGGUAGCCUUGAAAUACGACGUAUCAUACCGACGGUAAAUGUGGGAAGCGAGGAUAGUCGACGAAAAAUGAACACAAUUUUAGACCGAUGGCAAAAUGAGAAAAAGAAGAAAGGGACCAAACUUGUACCAUAUCCAACAGAAGAACAUUGGUGAUAGAUAUGUGCUUGUCUAUUGGAACAUUUACAAUUACAUUGUUUAUUAUGUAAAUAUCACAAAUUUGUAUAUAAUAUAUUUGGCCAAGUACUCACCGGCGUAAACAACACGGGAAUCUCGCCACAACUAUGUCGACUACUGCUGGCUGGUGCAGAUUUUCGCCCAUACAUAUUAACUGUUAAUACCACCCUGGAAAUUGAUGAAUUAAAUAACACUCUAUUUGCAUAAACCACCCUAGUUUCUUUUCUCUUAGGCCCAUUACACAAUUAAAACAAAC